AUGCCAUUACUUCAAGACGGGACAAAUCUAUACUUUAUUCAAGAGCAACAAUUACUGUUUUACUUAUAUCAGCUUUUAUUGCUUAUGAUAAUUUACAUUAUUUAUUUUUGGCAAAAGGUGUAGAAAUAUUCGGUGGAUUAUUCCAUGUGACUGCUACUACUAUUUUUUUCCACCUUUUUAUCUUUUUAAUAACUAGCGUUAUCUUAUUAUUAACUUCCUUCUACCCUAGAAAAGUUUUUUUAAAAGAAUACAGCAGCCCGGGUAGACUUCUAUUUACAAAACUAAUCUAUUACGGAACCUUACUUUUAAAUAAAAUGCGGGAGCAGUUUAAAAUUGUAGAAUAUUUAUUUUUUACAAAACUUUUUCUAGUUUCUAUAGUUAUUAUAUCUCUUUUAUUCAUACCUCUAUCAUUUGAUUGA